CCUGUUUUUCAUUGCAUCCAUCACAAUCAUGGUGACCUCACAUCACCAUCACCACCACCACCAUCAUCACCCACCCCUCGGCUCACUUUUGCACCCGCAUCUCCACGCAAUUCUCCAUGCAUCAGCAGAGCACGGCCUCCCUUCUCCCACAUGGACGGCAACCCAGCCAGACGAGAAGCGCAGCCUCUCAAGCGACAAGACGAUCACGCCUGGCAACUCACUCAAGACGCCAAAGGGAAGCCUACAGGCCAACGCCAACGCCACCGCCACCGCCAUUGAUGCGCAGCCGCAAAGAGGAGCGGGAGCAGCUGCGGCAGAUGAGGCAGUCAUGGCAUCGGCGGCACUCCAGUUGAGCUCCUCACCUUCGCGAUUCUCCCAGGAUCCCAUCUUCUCGUCACCCAUCUCCGAGAGUAGGGCUCAGAGUAGCUCGCUCCCUGCGGGAAACAACGCUACCGCGCCCGGCUCCGUGGGAAAGAGGAGAGAGGCUACCCUUGACCCUUUUGUGGCUCGCAAGCGGGAGCAGCAGCAGCAAGCUCAGCAACAACAGGGUCAAGGAAGCGGGGGUGGCAGCGGGGGUGGCAGCGGCAGUGGUAGCGGUAGUGGGAGUAGCGGCAGCUUGUCAAGCUCGGGAGGCAAGACGGAAAACGAGCUCUGGAUCGAGGUAGCCGAUGCCCUUCGCGUGGUAGCGGAUGCGUUGCGCGAGGAGGACAAUCGGGCCCUCUUGGGCGAAGACCAUUUCAUCGUUCACGUCCUCACCUUCUUGGCCCUCUCCAUCACUCACCCGGGCGCAUACACCAGCACUUCACAACAACAGCAGCAAGGAGCAGACGACAACAUCGGCUCAAACGCAGAAGCCUCAGCAGGCGCCAAGCUAGCCGCAAUCGCAGGCUCAUCCCAGCAUAAGCGCUCCACCUCUUCUGAUGUGUCCUCCCUUCGGGCAAUCUCGCAGCGCAUCAAGGGAACAGCAAUGGCGCAAACCCAAUGCCUGCGGGUGAUGGCGAACCUGUGCAUUGAUGACGAUGAGAAUCGGGAGCGACUCAUCGCACACGAUGCGCCGCUCUUCGUUCUGAGGCUGGUCAAGGACACGCUCGCCUCGACGCUCGGUGCUGGCGAGGGGGACUUAUUUGACAAUACCACGCUGCUCCUCCUCAAGACGGCAAUGGGUGCACUACUCAACUUACAGCUGGAGCACGCCCCUUCUCGCCGUUGGCUGCUCAAGCUGCCUAAGCCGAAGAGGUUGAGGAGACCGCACGACCAGGAGGACGAUGAAGAUGAUGAUGACGAGGAGGAGGGGGAGGAAGAAGAGGAAGCAGAAGAUGCGGAGAUAAGGUCAAGCAGCAGCAAGAGCAAAAAGCCAGUAGUCAUGGCUGCAGCCCUCCCCUCAUCCCGCGAGGCGGACAACGCGCCCAACAAGACGGCCGAGAGUCCCUUUGAGCUGCAGGAGCACGAGGCUGUCAGUCUCCUCUUGGCCACGGCGACCGAUCCGCGUGUAUACACUGCUGCGCGCUGGGCGCAAGGCUCGCCGUCGUCGUCGUCGUCAUUAUCGUCACGCGCCGUGCUAGGCGCCGAAGUCUCAAGCUGGGCAGCCCGCAUUCUCGACGACCUCAUCGCCUUUGAGACGGAAGAGGCGCAAGCCCAGCUCCAGGAAGGAGCGGUAGCCGAUGGAGGGGGCACGGUGGCCGAGGAUGCCGAGCCUAGUAUGGUGGCGUCACCGUGGAAGAUUGGGCUGGCGGGGCAGGGCGAGGAGACUUGGAGGAUGCUGAAGAGGGUGAUGCGCGCUUUCGUACGCGCGGAAGUCAGCCAGGACAGGGAUGCGGCGAAGCAAGGUGGUGGCGAGGGGGAAACGGACCUCUCGCCUUACAUUGACGCGGACCUCGCCCUACUCGCCCUCACUGGCGAAAUACUGGAGCGCCUCACACACGUCGGAAAGGGGAGCCACCCCUCUGCUAAGCAGUUCAAGACGAGAGGCCUCGCUCACCUCGAUACCCUCCUCGACUUCAUUGACGCCGCGGACAGUCCGCUCUCCGCCGUCAACGGUGAAGGGGGAGUAGGAGUCGAGGUGGACCCAGACGAUGCCGACUCGCUGGCAAAGGAGGUGACGCGCUGUAAGAGCAACGCGGUCAAGGCUGCCGUAGCCAUUGCGGGCGAGGACGGGAACAUGGAGGCCCUUUUCGGACAGAAGGGGGAUUCGGCCUUUUUGAAGAGGAUGAAGGAGUGGCUCGGUCGCGGUACCGAAGGGGAGAAGGGACAGAGACGCGACGAUCUCGUCUCGUGCGCCCUCCUUAGUAUCGCCAACCUCGCCCGAUCAGACAGCAACUGUGUCUCCCUCGUCGAGUCGGGGGAUCUCGUACCCUUGAUCGUCUCUCUUCUUCGGCGAAGCGGCGCGCCGCCGUCGUCGUCGUCGUCGCCCUCCUCUAGCAGCUCCUCGGGCGGUUCCUCCAUGCUCCUCUCUCACGCUUCCCUCGGCCUCCUCAAGAACCUCAGCGUCUCCCCCUCGAAUAAAGCUCUGCUUGGCUCCACGCCCGGGCUAAUCGAGGAGGCCCUUCCUCCCUUUCUUGCACCGGAGGGAGAUAGGGCUCAACCGAUCCAGUUUGCCGCUGUGGGCGUGCUGAAGCAGCUUUCGUUCAGCCCGCAAGGACGGGUGGAAGUUGGGGCGAGCAAGGUGUGCAAGCACGCCCUACGCCGGUUGUUGGAGCUGGUGGGGAGGAGCAGGGAUGAGCCUACCGUGCUUGAGGGGACGCGCGUGAUUGUCAAUUUGGUGCGGACGGCCUGGUCUCAUCAGAAGGCGGGUGGGGCAGACGCUGACGGUGAGAGUGGUGGCGCGGGUGGUGGGAUGGAAGAGGCAAAGAAGACGCUCCACGACGAACCGCGUGUGGUGGAGGCGCUGGCGGGAAUGAUCAGGCGGAGCGCAAGGUACCCCGUGCUGAUCAAUGAGGCACUCGUGGCCCUCACGGUCUUGUCUACCGCAACCGCUGCGGGAGGGGAGCAAGACUCUCAGUCCCCCAAGCAAGCAGAGCAGAUCUGCGAAGCCCUUCUCGGCGGCAGUAGCUCCUCGCCCUCACCUGGCAACACCUCCAGCGGUAACGCGGGCAAGGGCAGCCAACCCCCUUCACGCAGCUCGACGCUCGACUCGACCACGUCAGCACAUACGGUGACUUCCUCUCCCGGUUCGUCGGGGGAAACGGCCGCCGAUGUACUUUACGAGGUCCUCUCCCGCCCUCCGAGCGCAACGAGGCUUCCCGUCCAGUUUGCGCAGAAUGGGUGCACGCUACUAAUUACACUGGUGGCUGUAGCGAGGGGUGGCGGCGGAGCGGAGCAGGGCAGAGACGAGGGCGGGGGUAGGGUGAGCGAAUCGGUUCAGAGUUUGGCCAUCAAGAUGUUGCCGGCGUUGAGGGCCAUGAAGGCUAGAGAGGUCCCACCAGCAUCGUCCCCACCGGCUGCCGGCGCUGGGUCCCCCUCGUCGAAGGGUGAGAGAGCUACGGCGGCGGCGGCAGCGCCCCCUGCGGCGGGUUCGGUGGGCGCGAGUGUGGAGAUGGCUAUUCAGGCAUGCGAGGGGGCGGCUUUUGCGUAGCGUCCAGUAACUGUUUUUACAUCCUAAUCGUAGAGAGUGAGAGAGAGCAGAGCAUGCCGUGAGGCCCGCCUCUGUAAUGAAACGCG